AUGCCAGAGCAUACUGGAUACCGGUCGGUGGCCUACUUUGUCAAUUGGGCAAUCUAUGGCCGAAACCACCAACCACAAGAUAUACCUGCGGACAAACUUACUCAUGUCCUCUACGCCUUCGCCAAUGUCCGCCCUGAUUCUGGGGAAGUGUACUUGACGGACAUCUGGUCGGACACUGACAAGCACUACCCCUCGGACUCUUGGAAUGACCACGGCAAUAACGUGUAUGGCUGUGCGAAGCAGCUCUACCUCCUGAAAAAGAAGAACAGGAACAUGAAAGUCAUCCUCAGCAUUGGCGGCUGGACAUACAGCUCGAACUUCCCCGCCCCUGCCAGCACCGACAGCGGUCGCCGUACCUUUGCCCAAAGCUCCGUCCGACUGCUGAAGGACUUAGGCUUCGACGGUCUCGACGUGGAUUGGGAGUAUCCCAAAUCAUCCACUGAAGCCAGCGACUUCGUCAAACUGCUCCAAGCCACCCGCGCCGAACUGGACAGCUACGCGGCGACCUUACAUCACAGACCACACUUCCUACUCACAGUCGCCUGCCCCGCCGGUCCGCAGAACUACGAGAUCAUGCACCUCCGCGACAUGGACAAGUAUCUCGACUUCUGGAAUCUGAUGGCCUACGACUUCGCCGGCUCUUGGGACAGUCACGCCGGCCACCAAGCGAACAUAUAUCCUUCCCGCAGAGACGCCAAAUGCACACCCUUCAGCACCGACCACGCAGUACGACACUACAUCAAACAAGGCAUCCACGUCAGCAAGAUCGUCUUAGGCAUGCCACUCUACGGCCGCGCAUUUCAGAACACCAACGGUCCUGGCAACAGCUUCAGCGGCGUCGGCGAAGGCAGCUGGGAGAACGGCGUCUGGGAUUACAAAGCACUCCCGCGUCCCGGCGCCGAAGUUGUGCAUGACUCGGAUGCGAUCGCGAGUUACUGCUAUGACCGCAAUUCAAAAUCGAUGGUGAGCUACGAUAGUCCGCAAGUUGCGGCAGACAAGGUGCAAUACAUCAAGUCUACUGGCUUGGGCGGUGGGAUGUGGUGGGAGACGAGCGGCGAUAAGCCAAGUAGUGAAGAAGGGAGUCUGAUCAAUAUUGUUGUGCAAGGCCUUGGUGGGUUCGAAGGGCGACAUAUGGAGAGGGCAGAGAACUGUUUGGCGUACCCAGAGAGCAAGUACGACAAUCUGAGGGAGGGGAUGCCCGGGGAGAGAUGA